AUGUCUCAAGAGAAGUUCCCAGUGGACGUGGAGAAGGAUGCGAUCAGGGCGGACUCCUACGCCGAAGGCGCCGUGCCGGGCGAGAGCUUCGAGUACGGAAGCUCCAUGUAUGCGAAGCUGCAAAGACUCGCCGGAAAAUUCCACGUCGAGCAGCGAGGAAUCGAACGCGUGCCCGAAGAUGAGCGAGACGAUACUUCGCUCCUCAAUGUGGGCACCAUGUGGCUCUCCGCCAACAUGGUCGUCUCUAGCUUUGCCAUCGGCUUGCUCGCCCAAAAGCUCUUCUUCCUUGGCUUCGUCGACGCUAUUCUCGUAUGCCUGUUCUUCAACCUCAUCGGCGUGGUCCCCGUGUGCUACUUCUCCACCUUCGGCCCGCGCUUCGGUCUCCGCCAAAUGGUGCUCUCGCGCUUCUGGUUCGGGUGGUACGGCGUCAAGCUCAUCGCCGUCUUCAACGUGCUUGCCUGCAUCGGCUGGAGCUCUGUGAACUCCAUCGUCGGCGCGCAGCUCAUCAACGCCGUGAACAACGACGUCCCCGGCUUCGCGGGCAUCAUCAUUAUCGCUAUCUGCACGCUCUUCGUGACCUUCUUCGGGUACAAAGUCGUGCACGCGUACGAGUUCUGGAGCUGGAUCCCGACAUUCAUCGUUUUCCUCAUCAUUCUUGGAGAAUUCGCGCACUCGGGAGCCUUCGUCAACAUCCCCAUGGGCGUCGGCACCUCGGAGCUCGGCAGCGUGCUCAGCUUCGGCAGCGUCGUGUACGGCUUCGCAACCGGCUGGACGAGCUACGCCGCCGACUACACCGUCUACCAGCCGCGGACGCAGUCCCGCUGGAAAGUCUUCCUCGCCGUCUGGCUCGGCCUGAUGAUCCCGCUCCUCUUCACCGAGUUCCUCGGCAUCGCCAUCAUGACCGCGACCACCCUCAACGACGGCAACAACCGCUACAUGGACGGCUACAACGCGUCGGGCACCGGCGGCCUGCUGGCCGCCGUGCUCCUCCCGCCGCUCGGCACCUUCGGCAAGUUCUGCCUCGUCGUCCUCGCCCUCAGCAUCAUCGCCAACAACUGCCCCAACAUCUACUCCGUCGCCCUCACCAUGCAGGUCCUGGGCCGCGGGACCCAGCGCGUCCCCAGGUUCGUCUGGACCGCGCUGGGAACCGCCGUGUAUAUCGCGAUCGCUAUCCCCGGGUACUCGCACUUCGAGGAGGUGCUCGAGAACUUUAUGAACUUCAUCGGCUACUGGCUCGCCAUCUACGAAGGCAUCGCCUUCGCCGACCACUUCCUCUACAAGCGCAGCAUGUCCGCCUACGAGCCCGCCGCCUACGACCAGCCGCGCAAGCUGCCCCCGGGCAUGGCCGCCAUCUUCGCCUUCUGCUGCGGCAUCGCUGGCAUGGUCACCGGCAUGAGCCAGGUCUGGUUCGUCGGCCCGAUUGCCCUGCAUGCCGGCGAGGCGCCGUAUGGCGGCGAUGUCGGGUUCGAGCUGGGCUUUGCGUUUGCGUUUGCGAGUUAUGCGGUCGCGAGGCAUUUUGAGCUGAGGGUUUUUGGGAGGUAG